CACAAUGUCUUUUCGCAAACGAAAUAUUGGCCUUUCGGCAGGCGUAGAUCGAACUGCUGCUGCCAAUUCCCCCGCGCAAGCACCACAGGCUGUUGCGACGCCAGAAUCGAAUCCCGGGAUCCGCCCCUCCCCCGAUGAUGGGCGCCCGACAACUUCUACAGGCACACCAUCGCUGGAUAAUCUGCUAGCAGGACAUGGUGGUCUUCCUAUUGGAAAGUUACUUUUGGUUGAGGAAAAUGGAACUACAGACUUUGCGGGUGCAUUGCUAAGGUACUAUGCGGCAGAGGGUGUGGUGCAGGAGCAAAGAGUUCAUGUCGUUGGAGUGCCCGAACAAUGGGGCAGAGGUCUUCCUGGCUUGAUAGGUUCUGCAGAAGCUGGAGAGGAAAAGACAGAGAAGCGAUCGAGUGAGCGCAUGAAAAUUGCCUGGCGAUAUGAACGUCUGGGCGAGUUUGGCGCAGGAGUGGCAGGAUCACGAGCACCUGCAGCUUCAGAUCAGAACCAAGCGACAGCAGAUGGAAGCCAGAGCAAGCAGCCGGCAUUCUGCCAUGCGUUUGACCUCACGAAACGUCUCACUCAUCCUUCCAUAACCAACAUGACCUUUAUCCCCCUCAUCCCGUCGAGGGAACCGCUAUUCCUCACUAUUUACAAGCGACUUCAGACUGCCAUCACAUCAAGCCCGCCAAACACGGUCCACCGUAUCGUCAUUCCCUCUUUGCUCAACCCCACGAUGUAUCCGCCAGACGCCAGUCAGCCAGAUAACAUCCUGCAAUUCCUCCACUCUCUGAAGGCACUCAUGAACACACAAAACCAGCGUAUCACCGCAAUGAUCACCAUCCCUCUAUCCCUGUUCCCACGGGCUUCGGGCAUCAUCCGAUGGAUGGAGCUCAUCAGCGACGGAGUAAUCGAGCUUUGUCCUUUCCCGCACUCCGCGGAUGGUCUCGCAACAUCGGGGGCUGCAACUUCUCAUGAAGAACCACCACAGGGCAUGCUGAAAACCCACCGACUACCAGUCCUCCAUGAACGUGGCGGCGGUAGCGACCAGAACAUUGGACAGGAUUGGGCAUUCACUCUUAGCAGGAAAAAGUUCGAGAUUAAACCCUUCAGUUUACCGCCUGCUGAGGGAGACAAAGAAGCACAGGAUGGAGCAGCAGCAGCUGGUGGAAUGCCGAAGAAAGCAGAUCUCGAGUUCUAAUAAAAGUGCCGUAAAUCGAAAGAAACACGAUCAAUUGAUCAUUCCUCGUGGUUUGAGUCUGCUAGCAUAUCCUCCAUUUCGAUCUGUUCGGACAUGGCAGGACCGGUGUUGGCCAUGUUUCGGAAAUAGUCUCUUCCAUAAGCAUCGACUCCUGGCCGCAUAUGAGCGGCAAAACGACUCCUACGAAAGGAUGAAAUGGCAAGCCAUGCUAAGAAGAGAAGUAAAGGGGCGAAGAACACCAGGAAAAGCACUAGAAAGAAGUUCAUUAUCGAAUGACUGCUUCUAUAUCUUCAAAAUAAUAUAGACUAGUUUAAAAUGAUACCAAAAUAUUUC